AUGAAAAUGCCUAGAAACUGUAGUUCUUCAUCUGUUGAAAGCAAGCAUGGUAAACAUCAUACUUGAUUUUGUUGGUUUGUAUAACUUAAAACUAGGUUCUCAGCUUUAUGUUUUGGUUAGGUGUUAUGUGACUAGCAUUUUGGGGAUAUUAACUACCUUGUUGUUGAGGUUGGGGGUUGUAAAGUUCCUGACAAAAGGUUUAGUUUAUCUAGGAAGCGAAAUACUUUAUAAACCAAAUGCACAAGCAUCAUCGUUAUAGUGAGACAUUCUGAUACGAAUCAGGGGAGAUGGGGCCGAGUUUAUAAGAGACGCAACGCAAGGGGCGAUUAGUAAUUUAAUUAAAGUUAAUUAGAGACGUUAUUUUUUGUGAUUAAGUUUCCUAGUAUGGUGAUUUUCGUUUAUGCUUUAAUAAGGGCUAGGGCCGGCUUGGGCAGGGACAUGAAUUAUGAACUUUAAUCUUUCUUUGUGGAGAUCUCUUUGAAUCUCGAACUAUCAGAGCCCCAAUUGUUGAUUUCUUUUAAGCAUUAAGCUAAUAGUAGUUGCAGAUUUGAGUCUGUCGUAUCAAAUUGGUAUUAGAGCGAUGUUCCUGGAGCACUGUUCACGACGUCACUGUUCAUCCGAUUUAUAAAUUAGGUCCAUGACAAAACCAGUCACUCGUUCUGAAGGCACCAAAGAUUUGACCUCCAAUGGUGGUCGCGACUGAUUGGAGGAGAUGAAGCAGAAGAUUAAUUCGAUCAAGGCAGAUGCAGAAAAGAGACAGACUAUUGCAAACCAAAGGCAUGCGGAACUGAUGGGAUUGCUCUUGAAGGUUUCGCAAACUUCUAGCCUACCACCACCGAUUUCUUCAUCAACAAGUCAGACCCAACCACCACUACCAUCAUCGAGCCUACCACCACUACCACCAACGUUGUUCCAGUCAAUGACAUCUAUACUGAUUCCGACAUUGACCACACACCUGACAGACGGAUGGUUCCAACACCAGCCCCACCUUGUCUAGUUUGGAAGGGAGGAUCAAUGGCGCCAACCCACACCAUUUACUGUCGGAGACGUAUCGGGAUGAAGUAACAGUCGAGGUAAACAGACCUACUUGGACACGGGGUGGGGGAAGACCAGUAUGAACCCAUGGGUUAUAAUGAGGGCCAUGUAUUCAACCAAGACCUUAUGGGUGGCCACAGAAAUGGAGGAGGAUGGGUACAGGGAACAAAUUAUCGCAUGCGAAAGCUAAACAUGCCACUAUUUGAGGGUGAAGAUGCAUUUGGAUGGGUAUUUGAGAUCCAGGGUUUGGUUUCGUCUACAGAAAAACUCAGGGUCGCGGUAUUAUGUUUGGAAGGACCAAUGUUGGCUUGGUAUCGUUGGAAUGAGCAGCGUUCGCCAUGCCGUAGUUGGGGCGAACUCAAAAUUAGAUUGCUUGACCGGUUCCAACCGUCGCUAAAUAGAAGUUUACAUGAACAGUUCCUAAAACUUACUCAAGAAGACACUGCACGUGAGUAUGUUGGCAGACCAACCGAGUGGUAUACCUGAACCAAUUCUAGAAGGAAAUUUCAUUAAAGGACUGAAACCCGAGUUAAGAACAUCAGUGAUUAAGUCUCAACCAGUGGGCCAUAGUCAAACAAGCAGACUAGCAUUGUUGAUUGAUGAGAGCCACUCGGGUACAAAUUUGAUAACCGAUAAGGGGAUAACUAGGAAGCGCCACCACUCGACCUCAUGUUAGUUUCGUCAAACCGCUUGCCCAGAUCACGGGGCCUAAGCAGAAGGUAACCACAAUCUCUAAAGCACCUUUUAAACGACUGACAAAAGCAGAAAUAGCCGCAAAAUGAGCCAAAGGAUUGUGUUUUCGUUGUGAUGGAAAGUUCGGACCGGGACACAAAUGCCCUGGAAAAACAAACAUUAUAGGUGUUGUUGGUCGAGGAAGGAGGUAGUGAAGAGGACCCAGAGCAUGCUCAUCUUGAUAUGAUAUUUGUUUCGGCUAGUUCGGAUAUGGGGUUGACUACACCGCAGACCAUGAAACUCAGAGGGCAUAUCAGUGGGAACGAGGUAGUGGUACGUAUUGACAAUGGAGCGACCCAUAACUUCAUUUCACUACCUUUAGUGGGAAAUCUGGGUCUCACAGUCAAAGGCACGCGUGAAACAGGGGUGAUGAUGGGCAGCGAGAAAUUUGAAAAGAGUUAUGGGUUGUGUAGACGAGUGGUUUUGUCUCUUCCAGGCUACCAAAUGACAAGUGAUUUCUAUCCUUUAGAGCUUGGAAGUAUAGAUUUAAUUCUGGGAAUUAAAUGGUUGCGCACUCUAGGCGAUACACACGUUAAAUGGAGAGAACUCACUAUGUCUUUUGUAGCAGAAGAAAAGAAGGUUACACUAAAGGGGGAGCCAGGGUUGACUAGAGCAGAGACAUCGUUACAAGCGCUAGUGCGCGACCUGCCUGGAGUAACCGAGGGUUACUUGGUCGAGUUUCAGAAUUUAGCUGUUGCUACGGGGCCAUCAUCACAAGUGCAACCGGCUUUGGACGACUUACUAACUAAUUUUGCUGAUGUUUUUAUGCUACCUGCAGGUUUACCCCCAUCUCGUGGACACGAGCAUGCCAUUAAUUUGAGGGUCGGGACCGAACUGAUCAAUGUACGACCCUAUCGAUAUCCCCAACUGCAGAAGGACGAGGUGGAAAAACUCAUUGAGGAGAUGCUUACAACAGGGGUAAUCCGAGCAAGUUCUAGUUCGUUUUCCAGUCCAGUAUUAUUAGUGAAAAAGAAAGAUGGUAGUUGGCGAUUUUGCGUCGACUACCGGGCUCUUAACAAGGAAACAAUAUUAGACAAGUUUCCUAUCCCUGUUAUUGAAGAAUUGCUCGAUGAACUACAUGGUGCGGUUAUUUUCAGCAAACUUGACUUAAAAUCCGGGUACCAUCAAAUUCGGAUGAAACCGGAAGAUAUUCAAAAGACGACAUUUCGGACCCACGAAGGGCAUUAUGAAUUCCUCGUGAUGCCCUUCGGGUUGACCAAUGCCCCAUCAAUGUUUCAAGCACUUAUGAACAAGGUGUUUCGGCCGUAUCUGCGUAAAUUCGUUCUCGUCUUCUUUGACAAUAUAUUGAUCUACAGUCGGUCGAUAGAUGAGCAUCGGGAGCACCUCACACGGCCUGUUUUGUAAUCGCAAGAAGUGUGUUUUUGUUCAAGAUAAGGUGGAAUACCUUGGGCACAUAGUGACAAAAGACGGCGUCAUGGUUGAUCCGGCGAAAAUAUCAUCUAUGACCUCAUGGCCUGAGCCUAAGACUGUACGUGAGCUGCGAGGGUUCCUCGGACUAACAGGCUAUUACCGUAAAUUUGUGCAAGGUUAUGGAAAAAUUGCAAGGGAACUCACUAAUCUACUUAAAAAAGAUCAGUUUCAUUGGAAUGAGGAGGCAGCCCGCACAUUUCGACAGUUGCAAGACACAAUGACACGGGUUCCUGUUUUAGCUCUCCCUGAUUUCACCAAGGAGUUUGUCAUUGAGACGGAUGCAUCGAGUCAUGGUUUAGGGGCGGUACUAAUGCAAGAGGGGCGACCCGUGGCGUACUUUAGUCAAGUGUUGGGAAUGCGUGCUCAACAAAAGUCGAACUACGAAAGAGAACUGAUGGCCAUUGUUCUAGUUGUUCAAAAAUGACGGCCCUACUUGUUGGGAAAACGUUUUCGAGUGAUCACUAACCAGCGAGCAUUGAAGUACUUGUUAGAUCAAAGGGUGGUGUCCAGAGAGUACCGGAAGUGGAUUUUGAAACUAUCUGGGUAUGACUUUGAAAUUUUAUAUCGACUCGGGAAGGAGAAUGGAGCAGACGAUGCUUUGUCGAGACGAGGUGAUGGGGUACGGUUGUCUGAACUCGUGGUUUCUCACACCAGUAAUAAGGGUGACUUGUUACUAGAUUUAAAACCGGACCGAGAUGUCUUAGCCAUGAAUAGUUUAAUCGAAGCCGGAGAUGAGAAGAUGAAUGAAUAUGAGAUUCGAGAUGGAUUGGUUUUCUAUCAGAAUCGCUUGGUGUUACCCUCCCACUCUUCUUGGAUUGACCGUUUAUUCCAGGAGGCGCAUGCGGGUGUGAUGGGAGGUCAUGAAGGUAUUAAAAAAAUCCUAUCAUUGAUUAACACGAGAAUUUUAUUGGGUUGGAAUACGGCGGGACGUGGCGGAACGGGUAGCCAAAUGUGGCAUUUGUCAACAAAAUAAAUAUUCGAAUUUGGCACCAGCAGGCCUUUUACAACCACUAGAAUUACCAAAAUGGAUCUGGGAGGAUUUAAGCAUGGAUUUCAUAGAAGGGUUGCCAAAAUCGGAAGGGUAUAGCGUGAUCUUGGUUGUGGUUGACCGUCUCAGUAAGUCUGCUCAUUUUAUUCCUUUAAAGCAUCCAUUCACAACAACUACUAUUGCCAACACAUUCAUUCGUGAGAUUAUACGGUUACAUGGUAUUCCUUUGUCAGUGGUGUCGGAUCGGGAUAAAAUCUUUCUGAGUCGUUUCUGGAAAGAACUCUUCCGACUCCAAGGUACCACGUGGAAAUAUAGCACCACUUAUCAUCCACAGACGGGCGGUCAAACCGAGGUUGUGAAUCGUAGUUUAGAAACAUAUUUGCAUUGUUUUGCGUCAGGUAAACCAAAACAGUGGGUGAAAUGGUUACCAUGGGCGGAAUAUUGGUAAAAUACAUCCUAUCAUUCAUCUGUUAAAGAAACUCCUUUUAAAAUCUUGUAUGGUCGUGACCCACCUCGUCUGCUCAAUUAUGAUUUUGGCACGACAAUCACGUUUGAGGUAGAUAAUUACCUGUGGGAGCGAGAUGGGGUGUUAGAGGAACUCAAGGAACAGUUGGCAAAAACACAACAAGUGAUGAAGGCCCGAGCUGAUCACAAAAGGAGAGAUGUGGAAUAUGAAGUUGAUGACUUGGUUUAUUUAAAGUUGCGUCCUUAUAGGCAGAAUACGGUGGUUGGAAGGCGUGAUGCUAAACUAGCACCACGUUUUUAUGGUCCUUUUGCAUUUUAGCUCGUGUGGGGAAAUUAGCCUAUCGCCUGGCAUUACUAGCCUCCGCAACCAUCCAUUCGGUUUUUCACGUUUCUCAGCUCAAGAAGAUGAUUGGUGACCAGGAGGCUCUAUCUUAUUUACCAGAAGGAUACAGAGACUAUGGAAGUAUAGGUAGUGCCGGAACAAGUGUUGAAGUUGAGGAAACAUCAAGGAAAGCGGGAAGUUUUGGUGAAAUGGAAGGAUUUAUUGGAGGUUGAGGCGACCUGGGAGGAUAUUGAAGUUAUACAAGCUCAAUUUCCUGAUUUCCACCUUGGGGACAAGGUGAAUUUUUAGGGACGGGGUAUUGAUAUGAAUCAGGGGAGAUGGGGCCGAGUUUAUAAGAGACGCAACGCACGGGGCGAUUAGUAAUUUAAUUAAAGUUAAUUAUAGACUUUAUUUUUUUUGAUUAAGUUUCCUAGUAUGGUGAUUUUCGUUUAUGCUUUAAUAAGAGCUAGGGCCGGCUUGGGCAGUGUAACGCCCCGAUUCUCAGGUAUUGUUCAAAUAAAGUUUCUUGGUUUUGGCCCUACUCGACGAGUUGGUUGCCCUACUCGUCAAGUAGUAGCGGGAUUGGAUCGCGAACUAAGUGACCAACUCGACGAGUCCACUAAUGGGACACGGUGAGUUGGAGCUGGCAAGUGAAACCCUAAUUCCCGGGGUUUGUGUCCCUAUUUAAAGGGGCCUUAGCCUCCCUUGGGCCUCUUUACAGUCUUAGAGAGUCCCUGAGAGCCUGAUUCGAGUGUAUGUACCCUUGUGAGUGUGUGAAGCUUGAUUAGAAGAUUGUUGGAAGGAGAAGGCUUGGAGGAAGAGGAGGUUAGAUCGGUUUGUCUGCUUAUAGAUUGUCAUGUGAUUAUCUGUUAUAUAUGUGCACAUGUUUGUUUGGCAGUUGAGGCUUAUCUGCUUUGUGCGAAAGCCAAUAGACCUGGGCAUUCCAAUUUGUUGGUUGUGGGCCGUGAGUAUUCCAUCCCGAGGAUGAUUGGACUUACAGUACGUGACAUUCCAACCUGUUGGUUGAGGGCCUGGGGUAUUCCAACCUGAUGGUUGACUGGACCCAUUGUACACUGUGUUGUGAUAAUUCGUACAUCCGGGGAUCGAGGCAAGGCGAAGGCAUGAUCGUACCACUACUCAUAUUUUGUGAUGCAUUCCUGGGAAAAACUCUGAUAAAGACUAUUUUGGAAACGAAUUUGUAUUAACUAUAACUAUUUGAAUGUUUUGAAAAGUUUAAAUUUGGCCUAAAUUUUAUGGGUGUUAUAGGCAGGGACAUGAAUUAUGAACUUUAAUCUUUCUUUGUGGAGAUCUCUCUGAAUCUCGAACUAUCAGAACCCUAAUUGUUGAUUUCUUUUAAGCAUUAAGCUAAUAGUAGUUGCAGCUUUGAGUCUGUCGUA